AUGUCACCGGUGGGGGCGAGGAAUCUACAGGGCCUUUUCCCCUCGGCAGGCUUCGCUCGGCCGGAGAGUUGGUUCACGGCGGUCGCUGCUCCGGUGGGUCUCGUUUAUCCGAGGAGAUUGGCGGGUGGAUGUGCCGGUUUGCUCGUCAAGGCCGCUGCCGGCGCCGGCAGCGGUGGGUCCGUCGGCGUGGAGAAGGUAAACGGGAGGAAGAUCAACGGGAUCAACGGCUGGGUGGAGGAGACAAGCCGAGACGUACCUUCUCAUGCGACGCUCAGAAUGGGGAGGUUCGUGGAGGAGAGGUUCGUCUACCGGCAGACGUUCGUGAUCAGGUCCUACGAGAUCGGCCCGGACAAGACGGCCACCAUGGAAACCCUCAUGAAUCUCCUCCAGGUGAAUUGAAAAUUGGAUUCUCCCCCUUCCCAUCUUUCCCCCAGCGACUGAUUCCUCGAACCGGGUCGACAAUCUGCUAAAGGGUUCUUCUUGUUUUAUUUUGUUCUCCUCUCUUCGAUCGGGAAGGAGACGGCCCUGAAUCACGUCAUGACCUCAGGGCUCGCCGGCGACGGCUUCGGGGCCACCCGCGAGAUGAGCCUGCGGAAGCUCAUCUGGGUGGUCACCCGCAUCCGCAUUCAAGUCGACAAGUACAGCCGCUGGUGCGGAAGUUUUCUGUUGAGAAACCCUGCAAUUUGUUCGGGAAGUGUUUCUGAUUUCGAGCUCUGAUGCGAGGGGGGCGAUCGUUGCAGGGGAGAUGUGGUAGAGAUCGACACUUGGGUGGACGCCGCGGGGAAGAACGGUAUGAGGAGGGACUGGAUGAUCAGAGAUUACGCCACCGGGGAGAUCAUCGCCAGGGCGACGAGGUACCUUCUCUCCACCCGCAGAGUCCUUCCACCUACGGACCAGGAGACUGACUGGUUACUCCUUCAUCGCCGUCAUUCCCUUCUUCUUCUUCUUCCUCUUCCUCCUCUGGGCAGCACCUGGGUGAUCAUGAACCGAGAAACCCGCCGCCUGUCGAAGAUACCGGAGCCGGUGAGGGAGGAGGUGAUGCCCUUCUACCUGGGCAGGACGAUCAUCCACGACUGCUCCGGCCCUGAUGCCGCCAGGAUCCACAAGCUGGACGACGAGACCGCUCAAAGCAUCAAAUCAGGCUUGGCGGUCUGCAUUAACAGAGAGAGAGAGAGAGAGAGAGAGAGAGAGAGAGAGAGAGAGAGAGAGAGAGAGAGAGAGAGAGUUGUUCUUCUUCCUUGAUUCCUCAAGCUCAGCUGGCAUUAACAGUCUCUCGUCUCUUCCGUGGCGCAGCCAAGAUGGAGCGACAUGGACGCCAACCAGCACGUUAACAACGUGAAGUACAUCAGCUGGAUCUUGGAGGUGAGCUCCUCAUCUCUGCAACCUGUUCACAUCCCCACUUUAAAUCCUCCGAGGGAGCGAGCGAACCAGAGAGACAGUACGGAGAGAAAUUCCUCGAUAUAGUUGAUGGAGUCAGAGAAUGUGGGAUUGCUCGUCAACGUCGCGUACCCUCCUCCCUGUUGAUUGCAGAGCGUGCCGGUGGAGGUGCUCGAGGAGUAUAGCCUGGCUAGCAUGACGCUGGAGUACCGCCGAGAAUGCCGGCAGUCGCAACUCCUCGAAUCCCUCACCAGCCUCGGGACGCAGCUCGCGGCGGGGGACGACGGCGGCGGCGGCGGCGCCGACCUCGGCAGCGUCCACCUGCUCCGGCUGGAAGAAGAUAAGGCUGAGAUCGUCCGGGCGAGAGCGGAAUGGAGGAAGAAGACGUAG